GUACACAUUCAUUACGCAUCAAGACAGCAAGCAAGAAAACUAUUUUGUUUGGGUUGCUUUCUUUCAAUAACAAUAAAAAACUAUGAAUUUUGGCACCGAAUAUGACACCGAUCCGACACAGAUCCAGAUUAUAUCCGAAUUGGAUAAAGGCCUUCGUUCAACCAAAAUCGGUGAACAAUGUGAAGCGAUCGUUCGAUAUCCGAAACUUUUCGAAAAAUACCCAUUUCCAAUUUUAAUCAAUGCAUCAUUUUUAAAAUUGGGUGAAUUAUUUCGUGUUGGUUCGAAUCUUCUGCGCUUAUGGAUAUUGAGAGUGUUUCAACAAAGUGAAAAACAUGUCGAUAAAAUUAUUAGUGUUGAUGACUUUGUUCAACGUAUUUUUAUGGUCAUUCACUCAAACGAUCCGAUUGCCAGAGCGUUGACACUGCGAACAUUGGGUGCGGUUGCCGUAGCGAUUCCAGAAAAGCAACAAGUUCAUCAUGCCAUUCGACGAGCUCUUGAUAGUCAUGAUAUUGUGGAAAUCGAAGCUGCCAUUGAUGCAUCCGUUCUAUUUGCCGCACAAUCAAAAACAUUCGCGAUUAGUAUGUGCUCGAAAGUGGCAGCCAUGAUUGAGUCGCUGCAAACACCGAUUAAAAUGAAACUUCAACUGAUUCCCGUUUUGAAGCAUAUGCAUCAUGAUGCGAGCACAGCUGCUUUGGUGAAAUCAUUGUGUACAAAUCUAUUGCCGAAAUAUCCAUCUGAGGAUUUUGUCGUCGUCAUUUUGAAUUCACUGACACAAUUAUCGUGCGCCACAUUGGUCGAUAUUCCUGAUCAAGUCACAUUGCUAUUGACUUAUUUGAAAGAUCCACGAAAACGUGUGCGGUAUGCAAUUUUGCAUUCGAUGCGAUUAUUGGCAUUGAAAGGAGCACAUUUAUGGCCAACCGGAGCAUUACAAACACUUUUGACCAAAGCCAUGCAGUGCAAUGAUUUGGGCGACGAACAAAGUCUUGUUCUGAAGGUGGUUUUGACGUUAACUGAAUGCCCCGUUUCGUGUAAUCAACUGUUGAACGACGAACAAAAUAUUGUUUUGGAACUAUGCACCUCAUGUUUAUUGCUCGAACAUCAUGCAGCAACCAGCAAGGCAUUGGGGAUUUUAACAAGACUUGUCACAUAUUGCUAUUCCGAACGAAUCCCACCGCCGAUUAGUUAUGUCAAUCAAAUCGAUUUGCAUAUUGAGAGUUUGAUCUAUGUAUCAAUGGUCGAUUCAAAUCUGGAGAAAGAACUGAGACACUAUUUAAAAUGUGGCGUUAAUUUAUCGCAGUACAAUCAAGAAUUUCGUGAUCGAUUCUUGGACAUCAUCGGAUCUCUUCUAACUGAUAAUUUUGUGUAUCCAUCGAAGCACUUGACUUUGCUAUGUGAGACGCUCGGUGCGCUUGGUUCGCAGUACAUGAAACUGACCAUCGACCGUUCGUUUCCAAUUUUGAGUGAUGCAAACAGUAUGGAAGUCGAUGAAGAAGACGAUGUAUUUCGUCCGUCAAGUGUAUUUCAUGAAAUGUUACCAAAACUUCUAAAGAAAUUGGAUGCGAUAGCCAAUACGACAAUCAACAAAGACCAAGUGCAAAUUGUUGAAACUUUGUCAGCCGUGUGUUUGCAGUCGAUGCUCGGAACAUUUUUACCAGUUAAAGUGUUGCAUACAUUCGAUCGAGUGAUGAAGGCAACAAAUCACUGGACCCAAUAUCGUAUUGCCAGAUCUGCAUCUAGGUACGGUCAUCAUUACUUGGCGGCAAUAAUCUAUGAGAAACUUUCGUCGAAUGUUCCGUUGGAGAAAUUGCACUUUUUCCUGAGCGGAUUAAGUCAAAUAUCAAAAGCCGAAUGCAUUUUAAACUAUGGAUGUGAAUACAAUACCAUUGACGAAUACUAUAAACAGAAUGCAAGUCGCGAUGCAGCCUCCAAGAAGAUAAAAAGUAAUUUAACGUUAGCUCAACGUUUGGAGAGUGCUGUAUCACUCUAUUGGAAGGCAUUGGCCACACUAAAAGCAAGCUCAUCAACAAGCCACCCGCUCACAUUUCAAACGGAAUUUGUGCGAUUACGAGGCCAGUUCUUGGAAGCAAUGUUCAAUUUGGUUAUCAUCAAGAAUACACAAAGUAUUACACCACCACCGAUCAUUGCACAAACAUUGGCACAAAAUUCACGUGAUUAUUUACAAAAAUUCGGUCAUAUUACGAAUCAACUGCGAAAAGCUGUAAAAAUUUUGAAAACAUGUGAAGAUUCAUACUUGAAAUUGUACAAGUUUGCAUUCGAUGCCGAUCCAAGCACACUCGAGUAUCUUAAAAUAACCCAACAUGCAUGUGCGAUUUUGAGUUAUUCCGUAGAGACAAUUUGUUUUGUUUCACCAUCUGAAGCGCCGAAUACUCCGUCGGAUGGAUCAUACCCAGAAACAAAAUACCUACUAGCUGGUUGUCGUAAAAUCCAGAAUGAAUUGACCAAAUAUUUGCCAGCCGAGCAAAGUAAUCAAAAGACAAUCACAAGUCGUCACACCGAAGUGAUAUUGAAUCAAUUGAAAAUUUUGAUGCAAAUGCCCAUUUGCAUGCCACGAUUUUUCUUCCAAGUAUUACAAAAUACGUCCAUCAAAUUGGCGUUACAUCCACCGCCACGUGCAAAUGGUGAUCCGAUCGUUGUUACAAUGGGAAGUAAUUUGGUGGUUAAGGUUGAUGGUGUUAUUCAACAUGCAAAAACGCCAAGUUUAUAUCGAUCAGUGGAUUCGAUACAAUUACAUCUUACGUCGCAAUUGACAUCGCCCAAACCGACCGACUUCAAAAUGGCCAGCGAUACGAUUACAUUAACACAAACGGUAAAACCGCAUCGUGAUUUUGUCAGCGGAAACUUUUUGAUUCCCUUGAAUAAUGUAACACAACAAGGUCCGGCCGGACAAUUCAAUGCGAUUGGCGGAAAUUGGCAAAUCACAAUUGAAGCAUUCAUCAUCGAUAAAGAUAGUGUUGUUUGGAACACCGGAACCAAAUCACAAUUGAGCGUUAAAGUGAUGGACGAUAACAACAAACCAAUGAAUACGGUUGGAACCAUUCGCCGAUUUUGAAUAUCAUAUAGAUAACCAUGAC